UCUUUUUUUUUUUUUUUUUUGUUGUUGUUGGUGUGUGGACGUUCAGGAUGAACAAAGCCGAGAAGGAAAACGAGCCGAGUGAAUUCAGCGGCAGCCACGAAGAAGAGGUCCGAACGCUCUUUGUCAGCGGGCUGCCACUCGAUAUCAAGCCACGGGAGCUUUAUCUCCUCUUCAGACCAUUUAAGGGCUAUGAAGGUUCCUUGAUAAAGCUCACCUCCAAACAGCCGGUGGGCUUUGUCAGCUUUGACAGUCGAUCAGAGGCGGAGGCUGCUAAGAAUGCCUUGAACGGGGUCCGGUUUGAUCCCGAGAUCCCACAGACCCUCCGGCUGGAGUUUGCCAAGGCCAACACCAAGAUGGCCAAGAACAAGCUGGUGGGCACUCCCAACCCCCCUCCGUCCCAGCAGAGCCCCGGCCCACAGUUCAUUAGCAGAGACCCAUAUGAGCUCACAGUGCCCGCUCUCUAUCCCAGCAGCCCAGACGUGUGGGCGUCAUACCCGCUGUACCCGGCGGAGCUGUCGCCGGCCCUCCCUCCCGCUUUCACCUACCCCUCCUCGCUCCACGCUCAGAUCCGCUGGCUCCCACCUGCAGAUGGAAGUCCUCAGGGAUGGAAGUCAAGGCAGUUCUGCUGAAGUAUGUGUUCCUGAUGUGUGAUGGUGGCCCCGGCCGGCUGUGACGGGCGUCGCUGACUGCCUCUCCGCUCCAGUUUGACCCCCGGAGGACUGACUCCGGCUGCGGCAGCAGCGAGCCGUCGGCCUCAGGACACACCAGACAUCCGCCUCCAUCACACAUCGAGAAUCUGCCCCUUUCCCUCUAUUUUUCUUUUUUUUUUUUUUUUUUUUUUUUUUUCUC